AUGGCGAGCUUCAUCGCCAACAUGUUUCCCUCUUCGCAGGCCACGAAAGAUGCCAAGUCCCCUGCCUCGGAGCGUCCUGCCACACCCACCAAGAACAGCUUCAUCACACCCGCCUCGACUCCUCAGGGAAGCCCCAGCAAGAAGACACUGCCUCCCGGAGCCCACGAUCUUCCCACCGCCUUCGACAAUGCCCUAAAGCUUACCUCGAAUGCCCUCGACAGCCCAGCCAAGCUCGGUCGACCUCAGAAUGCCGCCAGCCCACUAUCACCCGCCAAGAGCAACAUCCAGGCCGCCGACGAGGAUUACUUCUCGACGGGUUCGCCCAACGUUGAUCACAGUAUCAUUCACAAGCAUGGACAAACCCCCGGAAGCCCCUUAAAGAAACAGGGACAGGAGAACACUCCACCUUCGCGGAUCCCCAAACCCGACGCGGUUUACCAGCACAACCAGGCCGCCGUGUCGCGUCAGGAUCUCUACCAACUCAGAGACAGCCGGCCGGUGACACCCACGACUAAGAAGUUCAACACGUCUCGUGGGCUCACGCCCGAAGAGCUCGAGAUCCUCAAGAAACCCAACGUUCGCCGCUUGGUUAAUGUCACUCAGCUGUACUUCCUAGAUUACUACUUUGACCUUCUCACCUACGUCGGCUCUCGACAGUCGCGGUACAAUGCCUUCAAGGCAGAGAUACCAGGUCCGCCCGAGACCGAACAGGAGGAGUACAACAAGAUGUGGUCCAAGUACGCUGGAAGAGAGCGUGCUGCCCUGCGCAAACGCCGGGUACGUCUCCGGCAUGGAGAUUUCCAGAUCCUGACUCAGGUCGGUCAGGGUGGUUACGGUCAGGUGUUCCUCGCGCAGAAGAAGGACACCAAGGAGGUGUGCGCCUUGAAAGUCAUGAGCAAGAAGCUGCUGUUCAAGCUGGACGAGGUCCGCCACGUCCUCACCGAGCGUGACAUUCUCACAACUUCCAACAGCGAGUGGUUGGUCCGGCUCCUGUACUCAUUCCAAGACGACAAGAGUAUCUAUCUUGCCAUGGAAUACGUGCCCGGUGGAGACUUCAGAACACUUCUCAACAACACCGGUGUACUCUCUAACCGGCAUGCCCGCUUUUACAUCGCAGAGAUGUUUUGCUCCAUCGAUGCGCUUCAUAAGCUCGGGUAUAUCCACCGCGACCUGAAGCCGGAGAACUUCCUGGUGGAUUCCACGGGCCAUGUCAAGUUGACUGACUUCGGUUUGGCGGCCGGCAACGUCGCAUCAUCAAAGAUCAACUCGAUGCGAGUCAGACUUGAGAAGGCUUCCGAGACAAGUGUACCAUUCGGCAAGGCCAUGGAGCAGCGAACCUUGGCAGAGCGCCGGGAGGGCUACCAGACCAUGCGAGAGAAGGAUGUGAACUACGCGAAGUCUAUAGUGGGAUCUCCGGAUUACAUGGCGCCCGAAGUCCUUCGUGGCGAAGAGCUCUCACCGGAUUUCCCCCCGUUCGCCGGAUCCACGGCCGACGAGACGUGGAGAAACCUGAAGCAUUGGAAGGAGGUACUCAAGCGACCGGUUUGGGAGGACCCCAACUACUUCUUGAGCAACCGCACAUGGAAUUUCAUCACUACGUGCAUCAACUCGAGAUCCAAGCGUUUCUCCAACAUCCAGGACAUCCUGGAGCAUCAGUACUUUGGCGAAGUGGAUUGGGAUACGUUGAGAGAAACCAAGGCCCCCUUUGUUCCCGAGCUGGACUCGGAGACGGAUGCGGGGUACUUCGAUGACUUUACCAACGAGGCUGACAUGGCCAAGUACAAGGAGGUCCAUGACAAACAACAGGCCCUUGAGACCAUGGCUGACCGGGAUGACGAGAUGGGCAAGGGCCUGUUCGUCGGGUUCACGUUUCGUCAUCGCAAACCCACGACGGAGGAUGGUAGUCCUCGGAAGCGGAUCCAGACUGACCGGACUGACGGGACGUUUGGCACGAUGCUUUAG